GGAUGGCGGCGGGGGACUCGGAGCAGGUCCGCUACUGCGCGCGCUUCUCCUACUUGUGCCUCAAGUUCACCCUCGUCACCUACUCCACCGUGUUUUGGUUGCUCGGAGGAUUUGUCCUAGCUGUUGGUAUUUAUGCAGAAAUUGAAAGACAGAAGUACAAGACCCUUGAAAGUGCCUUUUUAGCUCCAGCACUUAUUCUAAUACUCCUGGGCAUUAUAAUGUUCCUCGUUUCCUUUGUGGGUGUAUUAGCUUCUUUAAGGGACAACUUAUGCCUUCUUCAAGCUUUCAUGUACAUCUUGGGCAUUUGUUUGCUGAUUGAAUUAAUUGGUGGAGUUAUGGCCUUGCUCUUUAGAAACAAGACAAUUGACUUUUUAAAUGAAAACAUUGGAAAAGGAAUUGAGAAUUACUACGAUGACUUGGACUUCAAAAACAUAAUGGAUUUUGUUCAAAAGCAGUUCAAAUGCUGUGGUGGAAAAGAUUACACAGAUUGGGCCCAGAAUCAGUACCACAACUGUGCUGCACCAGGACCGCUAGCCUGUGGAGUUCCUUAUACCUGUUGUGUCACAAAUAAGACAGCAGUCGUCAAUACCAUGUGUGGAUAUAAAACAAUCAAUGAAGAGCGUCUGACUGUUCAGCAUAUUAUAUAUGUCAGAGGAUGCACCAAUGCAGUACUCAUUUGGUUCUUGGACAACUAUGCUAUCAUGGCUGGUAUUCUCCUUGGUAUAUUAUUUCCACAGUUCCUUGGAGUGCUGCUGACUUUGCUUUACAUCACCCGAGUAGAAGAUAUAAUUGCUGAGCACAAGCUUAAUGAGUCACUGCUCGAUGGAGGGCGGCCGAAGACUGACAUUGAAAUCACUGGCACAGGGUGCUGUAUGUGUUACCCUGGGUAAUGCUGGGCAUCCCUCUGAGCCAGACGGAUAGAUGACUAACACUCCUUUGUUAUUGUGCCUUGAAUGCAGUUGGACUGUUAAGCAUAUUGUGAAUUGAGUAGAGAAUA